AAGAUCGUUCAUUCUUUACCCGAUAAACUUCUUUGUGAUUGCGUAUUAAAUACGUGGUGGAUCUUGAUGCAGCUAGUCUCACAGAGGGUUUGACACUUAUUUUCUUGCGACCGACUAUAAUUUGCUUCUUAUCGAGUUUUAUAAAAAAAUUAUAUUAAUUAAAUUCAGUGUUUGAAUACUUUUAUUGAACGAAGUACAAUGGACAUUCUUGCAUUAUUACCCAAAGGGCUGAAGAUAGAAAGCCCAUUUACUUGGAAAUUAGAUCAAAAGCAAGUUCGUGAUUUUAAUGAAGAAGAUAUAGUUUUGGCAGAUUAUGAAGAAUCAUCUAUCACGCGCUUUGUCGAAAUGAAUACAUUUGCAUACAUUCGAUGUGCGCAAGGGAAAAUCGAUGGCGCUGAAAAAUUAAUUAAAGAAAUCAAUGAUCUUUGGAAAAAUAUUUCUGAAAGUAUCUCAAAAGAUAAGGAUUUAUCAGUCGACGUAUUAAUGCACAUAAAAGAUACCACAGCAUAUUGCAUUUUUUUAUCGGCUGGAAAAAAAGAUCAAGCAAAAGCUCUGGAGAUAAAAAUUAAAGAUGCAAAUGAUUUCACUUCUGAUAUUGAAAAAGGAACAAUGUUUGGAUCUCAGGCGUUAGCUUUAGCACUGUUUAAUGAACAUAUUUUAAAUUCAGCUGUAAAAUUAGCUAAACUAGCUGUUUCGUGUACUCCAAACUGCGCUGUAUGGCAUUAUGUAAUUGCUAAGUGUCUGCGAAAAAAAAGACGUCAAAAUAGUGUUUGGAAUGUUUCUCGAGAAGAACAAAAUGAAUUCUUGAUGUGUUACAAGCUAUCACCAUCUGAUCAUUACGGCAUGUCUGCUGCAAGAAUGUACAAAGAAAGUAGAAAUUGGAAAAAAUGCUCAGAAAUAUACAAUGAAAUUUACAGAAGAGGGCCGACUAAUAUAAAAGUGAGACUUAUCCUUGCCUUAUGUUUCAUGAAUUCCAAGGAUUUUGUUAAGGCCAAAAACUGUUUGGAUUACAUUGAAAGGUUAUUACCUGCAGAGAAAAGAUCGAAAACUUACUAUCAUUAUUUGGGAAAAUAUUACGAAAAAACUGGAAAUAAACUAAAAGUUAAAGAAAAUUAUUUAAAGGCUAUCGGUGAAACAGGUAAUUUUCCUGCUGAUAUGGAUUAUUUUAAUUUCAUUAAAAACAGCUCAAAGAAUAACGAAGAUGCGAUUAAACACCUUCAAAAUAUGCUGGAAAGAUACGAAAACCGGAAAGGUUAUACUGUGAAUAUAUUGCUUAAUUUAGCUUUUAUUUAUUUAUUUGAAAACAACGAUAAAAAGCUAGCAGCCGAGUAUUUUUUAAAGGCUGUAAAGACAAAUCCUCUUGACCCUCAAUUAAAGGAUUUUCGUGGUCCAUUUCAAUUCAAAAUAAAAUAUAAUAUUUUUCAAUUGAUUCGUCAAAACAUUUUGACAGAAUAUAAUAAAAGUUAUGGAACUACUUUAAAGGAAUUGAAAAAUUAUUGCAUUGAAUACGAAAAUCAGAAACAAAAUAGCAAUGCUCUGGAUUCACUGGAUAAAAAAUUCGCUAAAGCACUUUCUCUUAAAGAAUAG